CCUUCAUCAUAAAAAUACAUUUGUGUUUUUCCCCUGGCCAGUUGUGUCUGCAACUCAUUAUUUGCUGGCUUCACGUACCGUAAAGUGUCGCUCCUUUUGUGGUUGAACAGUUGCAACUUUUCAACCGCGCAGAACAUGCGUGGAUGUACAUCAACAUGACGAAUUGCACAAGUAACAACCAGCAAUUUUAUUGGAAGAAGAGGCUGUUCUAUAUGUACCCGGGCAAUGUUCUCGAAUGUCCAAAUCCCUAACAUUACUUGAGCGUGGAACGGUCAUUUUUUUCGCAUGAAUUACAAACGGAUUUGGGUCGGCUUUGUCGUUCCUUAAGAUUCAGGAUGAGAAAACCCAAAGUUAAUCGGAUGGUUCUUGCGAUGUGCUUGGGGUGUUUUAUAAUGGUUAUAUUCUAUUUUCAGAGCAACUUGAAACCAGUGUUCCUGAAUGGUCCAGUCUCAGCCCCGACUUCAAAACUGAAGAGAAUGUUUGAAUAUUGCUGCUCAUGAAUGAUUCCGAACCAAAUGUACUGAGCUUGGGCAAUGUUUACUAAAACAAAUGUUGCCGUAAGAGAGUAAAGCCUCAGCACAGGGUCGUGGGAGGAGCAGCGGCCAGGGGAAGUCAUGGAGGAGUCCACUCCAGAUGCUCUAUGACAGUGACCAGCUGGAGCAGUCGACGGUGCAGGUGACCCACCAGGGUCGGCGGGAGCUGCUGGAGGACGCCUGCCGCUCAUACACGCGCAAGCGUCGCGUGCUCGUCCCCGAGGACCUCAAGCACGUCAUUGUGGAUGACCAGCAUGGCCUGCUCUACUGCUACGUGCCCAAGGUGGCCUGCACCAACUGGAAGCGUGUCCUAAUGGUCCUGACAGGAGCCGCUGGCCCCCACCGCGACCCCCUCGCCAUCCCCGCCAACGAGGCCCACGUGCCUGGCAACCUGCGCACCCUCUCUGAGUAUUCCACCUCUCAGAUCAACCAGCGGCUGCGCUCCUACCUGAAGUUUGUGUUCGUGCGUGAGCCCUUUGAGCGGCUCGUUUCAGCUUACCGCAACAAGUUCACACGCAGCUACAACACAGCCUUCCACAAGCGCUACGGCACCAAGAUCAUCCGCCGGCACCGGCCCAACCCCCAGGCCGAAGCACUGGAGCGGGGAGACGACGUCUCCUUCGAGGAGUUUGUGUACUACCUGGUGGACCCGGCCACACAGCGCGAGGAGCCCUUCAAUGAGCACUGGGAGCGUGUGCACUCGCUGUGCCACCCCUGCCUCAUCCACUACGACGUGGUGGGCAAGUACGAGACGCUGGAGCAGGACUCCCGCUACGUGCUGCAGCUGGCUGGGGUGGAGGGCCAGGUGACUUUCCCUGCCUCGGCCAAGAACACCAGGACUACGGGAGACAUGGCCGCUCAGUUCUUCAACAACAUCAGACCCUUCUAUCAGAAGAAGCUGUAUAACCUCUACCACAUGGACUUCCUGCUGUUCAACUACACCACGCCGGAGUACCUGAAAUUUUGAUGACGUUACGCUUCUUAGGGGGAGCCUUAGUUUGAACCAUCUAUCAUAAGCACUACGUAGUUGGAACGUAGUAGUUGGAACGUAGUAGUUGGAACGUAGUAGUUGGAAGCGUGACAUUGUGCCCGGCCCCACUAGCUUAUUACUUGUGAUGUAUAGCUGAUGUCAGCUAUUCUGGCGGCUUUUAACAGCUGUUGCUUAUAACAACAUUAUGUAUAACCUCUGACAGAGGGUUCAAAAGAAGUGGUACAGACACUUUUAACAUGGGUACUGGAACUCUUCAAAGCACAGGUAUGUUUUACGGAGAGGACUAACCUGGUGAAAUCUAAGGAACUAAAGAUAUCUUUCAUAUCAAAAGUGAGAGUGGCUUUAAGAUGAGACAACGGGGAAUGGACACUUAAGAUGAAGAUGUUGUACUGUUAGCAAUGAGCCAAUGGAGAUUAAAUAAUUGCCUCUGUAUGUGUAAAAUGCACCUCAAGUGCACAUUAACUCAAAAUGACCAAACUUUGACACCACCAACAAACUUUGGUUUCAAUUAUAAUUUUUUCUUUCAAAGUUUAUUUUGUCACCACCAUUCUACAGUAAGACUAAAAGGAACGCAAACUAUCUGAAGUAAUAGGGGUGCUGAAAGUAUCUCUAUCAGUGCCUUUGAGUGGGUCUUAUGACUUAAAGGUGCAUGACAUCCUCUGGAAAUGUGACAUCAGUGUUUUCCUUAUACUGUAGAGAGUUGACUCUCAUUGGACGGUUUAUUUAUUGUGAUAUUUGUGUCCCAGUGUCAACAAACUGCAGAUAGAGCACACAUUUAGACAUUAGGAAUAACUACCAUAACAUCAGUCAAAUAAACACAUCUAAGCA